AUGAGCACACCUGCUAACCAAUCAGCGCCUUUGAGCAUCAAUGGCACGUCCAGCUCAGUUGCCGAGUCAACCAGGGCAGCGCAGCGCGUAGCAUCGCAAAAGUUCCCUUCCGACCAGCUCAAGCCCCACAUUGCCAAGCUGCUCAACUCGCGCCUCAUCGGGCAAGCAUACAAGGCACGACCGUCCGGAUUGACGAAAGAGCUCGCAGACUCUGUCAAGGCGAAGAUGCUCGGCUUCAAAUACAUUGUCCAGAUCCAACUUCUCGAGAAUCUGGGUCAAGGCGGACGCGCAGACAUGGCAUGCCACUGGGAAGAAGGCGACACCGUCACGCAGGAGAUGUUCACCAAUGAAACUAUGAUCUGCAGUGUCACCUGCCUGGCUAUCCGCGCGUCAUAA